AUGUCAAGUGAAGUAGAAGCCAAGGAAGUGGAAAAGAAGGAUAUUUUAGAAGAUGGAAAUGAACAGGUGAAGGAGGAAUCAGUUGUUAAGGAUCCAGAGAAUGGUGCAGCAGACUCCAAGAAGAAGAAAAAGAAGAAGAAGAAGAAGAAGAAUAACGUCAAGAACAUCGUGAAUUUCUAUCCUGAUGAAGUUUAUCCGGAGGGUCAAUGGAUGGAUUAUCAUCAGGACUUCAAUCUUGCACGUACGACAGAUGAGGAGAAACGUUAUUUACAGAGAGAUGUGGAAAACCAAAGUCAUUGGAAUGAAGUGAGAAAAGGUGCUGAAAUUCAUCGCAGAGUCAGAAAACAUAUUCAAAAUAAGAUAAAUCCGGGAAUGACAUUGACUGAAAUUGCUGACAUGAUUGAAAAUGCGACCAGAAAAUUUACUGGUUCUGAAGAUUUAAGAGCAAUGGAGAAUCCAAAGAGCCAAGGUAUCGGUUUCCCCACUGGGUUAUCGUUAAACCAUAUUGCCGCUCAUUUUACCCCAAAUGCAGGCGAUAAGACUGUUCUAAAAUAUGAAGAUGUUAUGAAAGUUGAUUUUGGUGUACAAAUCAAUGGUAAUAUCAUUGAUUCUGCAUUUACCGUUUCAUUCGACCCACAAUAUGAUAAUCUUUUGACCGCUGUUCGCGAAGCCACAAAUACUGGUAUUAAAGAAGCUGGUAUUGAUGUAAGAUUGACUGAUAUAGGUGAAGCCAUUCAAGAAGUGAUGGAGUCCUAUGAAGUGGAGAUAAACGGUGAAACAUAUCAAGUGAAACCGUGUAGAAAUCUUUGCGGUCACAAUAUUGGUCCCUACACUAUUCAUAACGGUAAAUCCGUUCCAAUUGUGAAAAAUGGUGACACUACGAAGAUGGAAGAAGGCGAACAUUUUGCCAUUGAAACUUUCGGAUCCACCGGUAGGGGUUACGUUGUCCAAGACGGUGAAUGUUCCCACUAUGGGAGAACCCCCGGUCAUUUCCCAACACCAACCUUGAACAGUGCCAAGAAACUGUUGAAAACCAUUGACGAUACCUUCGGCACUAUUCCAUUCUGUCGUCGUUACUUGGACAGACUAGGCGAAGAAAAGUACCUGUUUGCACUAAAUAACUUGGUCAAACAAGGCAUCGUCCAAGAGUACCCACCUUUAGUCGACAUUCACGGCUCUUACACCGCACAAUUUGAGCACACCAUAUUACUCCACCCACAUAAGAAGGAAGUCGUUUCCAAGGGUGAAGACUACUAG